AUGGAGUUCAAGUUUCGUGCCAUCGACAAUGUCAAACCAACAACAACAUCGCAUUCUCCUCUUUCCCCGGCCACAUCUCUCCCUGAUCCAUCACUUCAAAUGGAUGGGGGUUUUUCUGGCCUCCGACCGUUAACCGGCGAGGCGGCACUGCAACGAGCAGUUGAGAAGGAGCAAAUCCGCCGAGAAUUAUUGCGACGGAUGGAGUUGGAGGAAGAAGUGAGGAGGGAACUUGCAAUUGAAAGAGAAUUGGGGAUUUCAAUGCAGGGGCCGUUGAAUAUUCAGGGACGGGGACUAGUGUCACAAUGUUCAAAUCCAACUGUGAUGAACUCUGUUGUUGUUGCUCAAAUGGGCUCUGCUCAAAUGGGUUCGCCUUCGUGGCAACCAACUUUGUUUCUGCCUUCUACGGCAAUCAGCCCUUCUCCAGAGAUAAGUGACAAGGACAAAGUUAUAGUGCUGGCUAGGCCAGACCCCGAACUUUUUAAUGCAAAGCGAAAAGCAGCACCAAUGCCUACUUCGGAGACUGGGCCUUCUGUAUUAGAUUUGAAGAAAAAACAGAAGCAGGAGUGGGAUUGUGCACUGUGUGGGAUUAAAGCCACAAGUAAGAGUGGCUUGAAUGCUCAUCUUAAUGGUAAGAAGCACAAGACAAAGGAAGCUAGAGAAAAUAGAGAGAUUUUCCAGAGCAACAAAAAAAGUGAAAAAUUUGGGAAUAUGAAGGCCGCUGAUACUGAUGAUACCCCGAUGGUUGAUAAAAGUAUAAAUGAACCUAAAAGUGAUGAGCAACUUGUUGAGACGGUGGUUGAUAAUGACGUAAGUGCAACAUAA